AUGCGCUCACGCAUUCUUAGCUCUACAGUGCAGAGGAUCGACUUCAACUUGCCCCUCGGGCGGCUGGUGGUGCGGCUCUGCUGGCAGCGCUGCCACGACAAGUACCCCCAACCGUGCAAAGAGAACCGGGCCCGCCUGGCGAUCCCUUCGGUCAUUGACUUCUCAACGCAGUAUGACUCCAACACCUAUGCCGCUGCAAACCUUGGAUUGCGAAGCGGGGGUCGGUGGCGCUCAUCUUUCAAAGCGCUGCGGGACCAAUGGCUGAUUCUCGACCUGGGCGUGGCCUUGCGCCUCCGACGCUUUUUUCUGCCGUUGUGGGGUACGGCAGAGAACCCGCAAGAGGCAUUGCUGCAGUCUGGUGACAGCAACCAGGGCCCUUGGGAGGAAGUUCUCAAGUUUGGAAUUCCGUCCUUGGACUCGACCCUCGUGACAGUGGAGAUCCCUGGUGGUCCAGUGGCUCGCUUCCUUCGCCUCAGCCUUGCGGGGAACUUCGGAGCACCCUGGGGGCUGGCCCUGCGCGGCCCGCUGCGCCUGGCGGUGGAGGAGGCAGACGUUAACGAGACAAGUAAUUCCACAGGCGACGAAGAGGAUAAUGAAGUCGAUGAGCUUUGCACACGCAGCCAUUGUUAUGCCGGUUGUGGCUUGUUGGCCCGGCGGACAACGGCCGAGCAGGGCAUGGCCUUGGAGGAGCUCCCGCCUGCCACCGGGGAUGCGGCGCUGCUGAACUUCGAGUGGUUGAAACACUGGUGGAAGUCAACGCUUCUGGGUGCGAGGCCUGGGCUCCAAGCUGCGCUGCCCACAGCGAUCUUCAAUCCGCUUGCCUGGACGGCUGUCAGUUCUGGAGGGGACCCCCCGCCCGAGGGGAGCUUGGUGACUUCGACCAAAGGUUUCUUCUGCAAUAUGGGAGUUGACCUCACUGGAGCCUCGGUUGGCGUGGAUGGCAGCUCGCGGGUGACAAUGCAGAACAGCUCAAACGCGACUACAUCCAAGUGGUACCUGGACGACAGCCUUGCAGGCCGUUCGGGUGAGAUGCAGUAUCCACAGCAGAAUGCGACGGCGCAGGCGAACCCUGGAACCUCCUUUCUGCAGCCGCGGGGUGCAGCAGUCAGCGUGGCGGCAGAUGGAAAUUGGGCCACCUUCGACCUGGGCUACCCGACCGCUUCGGGACCCUUCCAAAUCUGCUACUGCUUGAGUGCUGACGACUGCAGCCAGGACUUGGCCUUUUCAAAGUGGGUGGGCACCGUGGCGGUGAUCGGGAAAGUGCGCCGCCUGGACCCUAGUGGCUGGGAUCUGGCGGGGCAGGUGUCGAUUCUGGUCGAGAUCACAGACCUGGGAGCUCCCAUCAUCAACGUGACCUUCAUCUCGCAAGGUUUGGAGCAAGCCUGCCUGUCGGCCAGCCCGGUGGCCGGUCAGGAGACCACAGCGGUCCAAUGCCUGCUCCCUGCCGCCUUCACUCCGGGCCUGGAGACGGUGACAGCUUUUGCGGCGAAUGGCCUGUGGGCGACAUCUGUGGACAUCUUCAACCGCUUCGUGCGAGGCAGCUUCAUCAAUAUUUCUGACACCUUCGGACCAACGCUGGGCGGGGAAAUCGUGACAAUCUACGUCACAGACUUGGGCGCCCCGAUCACGCACAUCACGUUUGGAUUCGUCGGCUCGCCCUAUGUUCUGGCAGACGGCCGCGCGCCCAGCACCCGGGCCAUCUGCGAGGUUCCCGCGACAGCCAUCUCGGGCGCUGUGUCGGUGACGGUGAUGGCUGCGAAUGGCAAUGUGGCCACAGGCAGUAACGUCUACAGCUACUACCGAGCCGGCGACAUCAGCAACCUAAACCCGUCGCAGGGCGAGAUGGGUGGCAACACGCGUGUCACCAUCGAGACAACGGAUCUGGAUGCCACGAUUGUGUCGGUUUUCUUCGGUGGCAACGAGGGCCUCAUUGUUGGGGGCUCUGCAACGAGCAACUUCGUCGUUGCUCUGACGCCGGAAAGCGAGAUUCGGGGUGCUGUGGACGUCGUGGUGAUAGCAGAGAACCAAAACGAGGCCAUCAGAAUCGGUGGCUUCACAUACCUUGCUGUUUGUCCUGACCCUGGCGUCCCGCUGAACGGGGCCCGGAGUGGCGAAGAACUGUCAGAAGGUGCCAUCUUGAUCUUCUCCUGCCAAUUCGGCUACGAAUUGGUCGGCUCAUCUCAGUCCGUGUGCCAGAUGGACUACGACUCAUUCGGAAAUGUGAUAAGUGAGAGCAGCGCGUUUUCGCCUCCAGCGCCAACGUGUCAGAUCGUCUCCUGCCCCGAUCCAGGCAUUCCUGACUUUGGCUUCCGAACUGGCGGGGAUUCUGGCACCUUCGUGUUCGGUGACGUGGUCACCUUUUCCUGCAGCCCGGGCUACCUCCGUGUAGGGCCCACCGAGCUCAUCUGCCGUGGGGACGGGCGGUUCUCGGGCUCUGCCCCAUCCUGCGAGUCGAACCUGGGCUCUCUGAACUUGGUGCGCUACCGCGCGCUUUUCCUGGCGAGUUUCCAGGAGGAGGUGGGUGUGUCACAGGUGGCCUAUCAACAGGCCGAUGCCAACGGCGAUGGCUUAGUAUCCGAGGAAGAGUUCUUACUUCAAGCUGCUGCAAUUGGCGUCACACGAUCGGCAGACGCAGAGGUUCUUUACCAGCAGAUCCAACACCGGCCUGGUGUGACCUUAAGCCAACAGUACAUCACCCUGGAGCAGUACAGAGUUUUGGAGCCGGAGGUGAGCAUCACCGAGCUCCGCACGCUCAUGGCAUCCGUUUUCCUGACUCCGGCGCAGAUGCUCUCGGGUGCAAGCUUGGAUGGCAACCCGUCGGUGUGGAAGGAAGAGUUUGUGGGCCAAGUUGUUUCAGUUGCAGAGCUGACGACGGUGAAUGCCGAAGCCAUCUGGGACUCGGUGGCCCGCCUCGGGCAGAGCCAGCUGGAUAGCAACCAUUACCUCCUUCUGAUGGGGCAGGACGACUUGCAGACUCUUCGUGCGCUGAUGCAGGUGCGGUUCCUUCUUGUGGACGAUGCGUGGAAUGCAUCCAAUCCGAAUGGAGACGACCGGGUCACAGAGGAGGAGUUUGUGAACUUCCUGUUGCAGGACUAUGGCCUUGAUGCCGUGAUGGGCGAGCUCAGCUGGAGGCACAUCGAUGUCUUCUUUCAGGGCUACGUGUUAUUGGAACGCUACGUGGCGCUAGGAUUCGGAAGUGUGGAGGGUGUCUCCUUGGUCGGCUUCCGAGGGUUCCUGCAGUCCCUCUUUGCCACAAAGGAGGCCGUUGUCAGCAACAUGGACUCAGAUGGAAGUGGGAUUGUCACGAACGACGAGUUCAAGCGUUUCGUGACACGUACACUUGGCCUCACCUCUCAGAAUGCAGACGAUGUCUUGGCGUCGCUUUGCCAGGACCCCAACUUGUUGCGAUUGACCGACCGGCAGCUGGAUGCCAUAAGCUAUGACUUGACCCUGCCUAGCCUGCGGAUCCUUCUGCGUGCGGACCACCCGACGCUUGAGGAUGUGCUUGCAUUCCUGGACACAAGCCAGGACAGCCAGGUCAGUCAGGAGGAGUGGGUGGCAGGCUUAUUGCGGAAGCGGGUGACCUCAGAGAAUGCCCUGGAGCUUUUCACGGCCCUGGAUCCCGGGCAGCUAGGAUACUUGACAGCGGACUCCCUUCGGAUGAUUCGCGGCCACCUAGCCCUCUGUGACUACCGCGAGCUGGUGAAGUCUGAUCUCGGGGACCUCAACCAGACCCUCUUAGCCGCAGACACGGACGGGAACCAGCUGGUCACGCCAGAGGAGUUCGUCCAGCAGGCGGUGCCCUUCUGCCUGACGCAGGAAGAAGCCUUAGCCCUGCAUGCGGAGAUGGACUUCCUGAGCCAGGGCUUCGUGGACCUCUUCGCCAUGUCGCUGGCGAGGACGGGGAGCAGCUUCAACACGUAG